AUGGCCAACACAGGCUUCUCAGUUGUCCCUCUGGACAUGGCCUGGAACUCCUUUGAUGACCAGUACCCAGGCUGCCAACACACCAUGACCCAGUUGUUGCCUGCCCUCAACCACUUUGAGUUUGAACAGAAUCCUCUGUUUUCCCACACCUGGGUGAAGGCUGCAGCCGAGUGGUGGAGGCGGGGUCCCCCUGUGACCCCUCUGUCCCCAGCCCAGGCCAUCGCCCUCAUGACCUACACAAUGAAGGAUGUGCACAAGGAGUUCAACGCAGCUGUGCAUGUGGCUGGGCGCUCCCACCAGGAAUACUGGUACAACUUCCACUUCAAAACACUGCAUUUCCUGCUGACCCAGGCCCUGGUGACACUGAGAGACAAUCGGGGACCACGAUGUCACCAUGUGUUUCAGGGGGUGCGUGGUGUUCGGUUCGAAGCACGGUGUGGUGACACCAUCCGGUUUGGUCGAUUCACGUCAACAUCACUGCAUAAACAGAUUGCUCAGCAAUUUGGGACUGACACCAUGUUCCAGGUGCAGACAUGUUACGGAGUGGAUAUCCAAAAAUUUUCCUCCAAGCCUAGUGAGGAGGAGGUGCUGAUCCCACCCUUUGAGACCUUUGAGGUCACCAGUGUCACCCAGGAAGGAGACAGGGCAUUGAUCCAGCUCCGCUCCAGUGGGACCUUCAGCAGAUACAAAUGCGAGUGGCUGCGACGUGACAUCAUGGGGAAGACCUGGAAGACAGGGAUACCCACUGUGGCUAUGGGGACACCCAUGAUAAGCCACAGGGGACAAUGA